AUGCAUUCGUUGGGAGUCACUCCAUCUCUCAGCUCGCUCUCGCACCGCAGUGGAUCCACUGGUGUCGCGGACGAAAUACAUGGAAUGCGCGUCGAGGGAGGUGCUACGGAGACAAUUCGUGCAAGGCGCAUCAGCCAAGUGGGCUCCAGCUGUCGUGUCCGCUUUAUACAAGACGAAUGCUUCUGCCCAAUGUUUAUCGUCGGGACCUCACCUGCGGCUUAUGUACUAAUGAAGCAAGACGCAUUUAGCAUCCGCCUUGAUAACGACAACCCUGUGCCAGUCGUGGCCAAACUGGAGAUUGACGGGAAGCUGUACAACAGUGAGUAUCGUAUUCUUCCAAACGGCACUCGCAGUAUUAAGGAAGUGCGUGAGCGUUUUAUUGCCACAACACGCGCCCUCGUGUACCGUUUCCCAAAUGUGUACGAUAACCUCCUCCGCCGCGAGGUGGAGGCGGACGAGAUGGAGCUGUGCACAAUGGAUGAUGUUGAUGAGUUCACGUCGCUGUGUCGCGUUCUUUUCCUGUCGGUGCGUGGCGGGGUGGCGGCGACGCGUAAGGGCUGCUGGGAGAUUGACCGCAGCGUCGAGCCUCUCGCGGUGGAGAUGGUGCGCGUUGGACACCAGGUGCCGCUCGCGAGACUAUUCGGCAUCAACCUGUUGGAGUUGGGCAAGUCCCUGCCUCGGGCGUCCCUCGGCCCGCAAAGGCACCGUGCGGCGUCGUUUUCGCACGCGUCGCCCUUUGCGCGUACGGGCAGUACCAACAGCAGCAGGAGGAACUGGUGUGAUUCGGAGAUGGGGCGCGCGCGGAGUGCCAGUACCAUGCGCACAUCGCGCUCCGGCAGCAUGGAGCGGAGGGGGCUGCUGCCACAAUCGUCGCUCACGUGCUUUCUACGCUCAACGAGCGGCGUGCCGAGCGGUGCUUCAUCAACACUGGGCCCAAUGGUGCGAGGAAAGCCCCCCUCCGUUUUCACCACAACCUGCACUGCCGGGAGUGCGUAUGGGAGGAUGUCGCCGGAGGAAGAAGCGUCAAUGGCACCAUCGUCAAAGCUCGUUAAGGAGACCUCUCCUUCGUUCCACACGCUGCUGCCGCAUGCCCCCUUCUCAGUUUUAGCAGAAGGAGCAAGAACAACGAAAAGCCUUCUGCCAACAUCACAGCGUGGCGGAUCCCCAAUUCCGCGGCUGCCACCCCACACGGAUGGCAGCCGCUCCGUCAGCACCGGUACAAGGGGAGAGGAGGCGCGUGCAGGCUCGCCCGGCACAAAGGCUAACGGCGAGAGGUCUGCGUCGGGGGGNGUCAGCACCGGUACAAGGGGAGAGGAGGCGCGUGCAGGCUCGCCCGGCACAAAGGCUAACGGCGAGAGGUCUGCGUCGGGGGGUUCCGCGCGUAACGCCAAGGCGUAUCGUAUUUGUGUGCGCUGCAAUGCAGCCUUCGAUCGUGAGCGCCACAAGUAUAACGAGAUGAUCACGAGCCUCCAGGAGCGAGUGAUGUUGCUUGAGCAAGAAAAGAUGCAGCUCAUGGCAAUAAACGCAAGAAUGUGUGUCACAAAGGCUGGACCAAUCAAGCGACAGGACACAUUGGAGGGGACGCUUACACCCAGACGGAGGAAACGCUGCCAGACCGGCCGUGACGACACGGACACGGACACGGGAUCGACGCCCUCCACGAGUGUGACGUNCCAGACGGAGGAAACGCUGCCAGACCGGCCGUGA